GAAAAGCCAAGUAGUCAAAUUCCAUCCUACAUUUCCUCUUAACCAAGAAAACUAAUCCUUUAUUCACUUGAACAAUGCAAAAUGUAGACACUAAGUGACAAGUAGAAUUCUCACUUUCCUACUCUUUAUCUCUAAUUUCUCUAAUUGUGUGGCUAAUCUUUAAACUAAUUAUAUCAUUUUGAAUAAAAGUGGGAUUAUAAGUGAGAAGAAAGUUAUUAGUUUGAUAAAGUUGGGCGAGUAUGCAUCAUUUAGCAGUUAAAAGUAGUAGCAGUAACCUUGUUGAUUCAGGCCGUGAACCUAACCGGCUUGGUUUUGGAGGCAGCAACCAACCGCUUUGCCCUAAACCGCGCCGACUCGGACCGACUAUGCCUGAGUUUUUGAAGCCCCUUAGAUGUACCAAGCACAGCCAACCGAUUUCAGAUGGAACAAAUGGAAUUCUCAACCUGAUUUCUGAUAAGGAAGUAGAAGGAAUAGAAAGCAAAUGCAGUGGGUGCUUGGGAAGUGGUUACUCAGGAUCUCCACCAGGAAGAACAGACAAUCCAUUAAUUCACGACGUUCAAUUUGUACAUCAAAUGGAGCUUCUUUCUCCUUUUUCACGAACCAAACUUUCUCAUCAGUUUGGCUUCACCUCUACUUCUUCUAUUUGAAACCUUCUUUUUCUAGUUGUAUAAUUUUUGUUGUUGUUGUUCAUCAUAUUCUCACAAAUGUGUUGUGGGUCUUCUUUUUGUAAGUAGUAUAAGUUUGGACAGGCUCGUUUAAUAAUGUACAUAUUAUUUUAUCAUAAA